GAUUCAGAUGGAAAGACUGGUGUGUUUUGUCACAUGAUGCCAUUCCUGUUGUACUCCAUUCUAUACUCGUGUGGCCCCGACCCUCAUGUCUGUUGCCAGUUUGACUUUCACUCUGAUAAGUGUUUCAGGGGAAAACAAACUGUCCCCAAAAUUACUGUUGAUGAGACCAACAUAAAAACACUGUAAGCUAAUUCAGUCAAGUAUUUUUCUUUGUCCUGUAGGUAUAUUGCAGGAUUUCCCUACAGGAGCCUGUAGGUAUAUUGCAUUGUUUCCUUACAGGAGCAAAUUGAGGAUUUUAGAAGGAAAUUUAGUUUCUGAGAUAAGAUAUCUGUCAGUAUUUUAACAUUGUGUCUGUGUCAAGGUGGCAUGAUUUGGGGGGGGGGGGUUUGAAGACAGGAAAACAUUUUAAGUCAUCCACUUUUAUUUCUUCAUUUAUUGCAAUACUAAUAUACUUCCCUUGUAUUGACUAGUGUCCUUGACUAGUGUCCUUACAUUGAUUAGUUAACAUUUUAUCCUUGAGGACUAAACUGGGCAGCAAAAUUAAAAUUCAAUCUUCCUGACAGCAGCGUGGAGACUUUCCUUUUUUUUAAAGCUUUUUCACUAAGGAUGGGCUGGGCAGGUGGUCAGGAGGGGGGGGGGGGGCACGACAUUAAACCUUUUCCCUUUAGAUCCUCAAACGGGGUAGGAGAAGUAAACGUUGGGAAACAGUAGUAUUGUGUUUAUCCACAUGACAAAACCUUUCAAUGUAGAGUCCCAUCAGCAAUGAGGGUAAUUCAUUAAUGUGCUAACAAGGACUGGUCAAGCAUAUUACAUUUUUCAUUAAAAGUUGAAUUUUAGAUACUGUAAUAUAAAAAAAGAAGAAAUUACUUAUAAUAUUAGCGUCUUGAAUUGACAAGAAAAAUUUUCCAUGAGAUAAACGAAGACUGUUUCUUGAGUUUGUUCAAACAGAAAAUUUAUGUUAUUCCAUAACAUUGUCUCCAGAGCAUGGGCACUGUGGGAACAAUUUCAGAAAAAGGCAACACUGUACCGCACUGAUGCACUGCUCGUGCCCCACGGGGAUGACUUUCGUUACGGCAGCGAGAGCGAGUGGUCUCAGCAGUUUGACAACUUGGGGAAA